UAAAUGAAUAAAUAUAAUGGUUCACUUGCUGCACUGCCUCAUUAUAUAUGAACUCCCUCAACGUUUCAGAAGGAAGAAGAAAGAAGAAGACGAAGAAGAAGAAAGGGCAAAAAGGUGAGUUGAGGUUGAGGAUGAUGAUGAGAAGGGAAUUAGAGAUUAGGGAAAUAAACAACAACAGCAGUACGGCAACGGCAACGACGACGACGUCAUCAUCGAGCAGUCGACGCAGCAGCAGCAGAUGCAAAGACUGCGGGAAUCAAGCCAAGAGGGACUGCGACCAUUUGAGGUGCAGGACCUGCUGUAAAAGCCGAGGCUUUCAGUGCCAAACCCACGUCAAAAGCACCUGGGUCCCCGUCUCCGCCAGACGCCGAUCCAUCAUGCACGCCGCCGCCGCCGCCGUCGAGAUCCACGGCCCAAACCCUAAAAGAUGCAGAGAAAUCCCACCCCCAUUAGGGUUAGAGAGUACCGGCGGGGUUUUUCCGGGGGAAGUGAGUGUUCCGGCGGUGUUCCGGUGCGUUCGGGUGAGCUCCAUGGACGAAAUGGUGAACCAGUAUGCGUACCAGACGUCGGUGAGGAUUGGGGGGAGAUUUUUCACAGGUAUUUUAUACGAUCAGGGCCCUGAAUCGGAGGGAUCAGGAGGGCAUUAUGUGGCCAAGGAGUCAUCUGCUUCUGCUGUUGCUGUUGCUGCUGCAGGGAUCGAAUUGUUUCAGAACCCUAAUUUUGCCAUGGGUACUGCCUCUACUGCGCCUGGUACAACUCCAUUUCCUUAUCUUGUUGGUCCCCUUUGUGCUUUUUCUGGUACUUCUAAUGCCAAUGCCUCACAGUGGUUUCAAUACCCUAAAUCCUGA